AUGUCUACCCUGUGGGAGAGGACCGAUCCAAAACCAAGUUCAAGACUGGCAUCGAGUACAUUUCCAAGCAGAUGCUGCAGCGUGGUGAUGCCUUUCGCUCGCGCCGUCCGUGAGAACUUCCGCGACCACAUCCGCCUGUCCAUUCACCCUUUCCACCGGCGAGAACAAGAUCUCCAUCAGCCCUCUUCCCACCUCUUCCUACUACACCACUCCCUGGCACUGCUCGAUCGCCUUCGACUGAGCGGCGCUAUCCACUGGACCCCGCGCCGACUUCGAGAACGACCCCAAGUUCGCGCCCUGUCCGAGGUCAACUCCCCCGUUGUCAUGAGAGGUUUCACCAAGACCAAAGAUCGCGAACUGUUCGUCAAGAAGUCGGAGGAGUUCGGCACCCCCUUGCCGUGGAAGUUUGGCCUCGUUCUGGAGGUGAAGGACCAGGGUGCCGAUACCCGUGGUCUGAACAACGUUCUGUCAGCCGAGUGGAUGCCAUUCCACUUCGAUGGGCUGUUCAAGACCCACAAAGUGCCCCAGGCAGACGGAACUGAGAAGCUUCUUCCCAACCCUCCCAAACUCCUGUUCCAGAACCUGCCUCCUCACCUGUCCGUGGACAGACUGAGAGAGCUCACCUGGAGCGUCCAGACCAGCUCCUUCGACUCUACCAAGAUGGGCGGCCUCCCUCUCGUCGUCGACCACCCCACAACCGGAGAGCCCUGCAUCCGAUACCACGAGCCUUGGCCCCAGUCGAAGACUGCCUUUGACGCCACCGACGUGGUCAUCGAGGGCGUGAGAGAGAGCGAGAGCACCGAGAUCUGCAACGUCAUUGACUCGCUCCUCCACGACAGGAGAAACACCCUCUACUUCACCUGGCAGCAGGGCGAUCUGCUGGUCAGCGAUAACAUCCUGGCCAUGCACACCCGCAGUGACUUCACGGCUGGCUCUCCCAGAGAGAUGUGGCGCAUCCACUUUGAUUAA